UAUAAAGCUGAGAAAUUACUAUGGCGUUAACUGCCUAGUUAGGAUACCUACUAACCACGCAAGGUAGUGACGUAUGCACAGCGUAACGGAUACUGCAUUCAGCACUCAUCAACAUACUACCGUAAGUAUUUCCUCCUUCGACUAUCACGCAGGUGCUGGCAGUGCGCUGAAGGAAAAAUGGGGGUUCGCAGAUUAUUACCUCUAAAAUCAGCAAGUGUGUGGGGGGUGAGCGGGAAUAAAGCUUAAAGUUUAUUGUCUUCCCGCAGCAUCUCUCCCGCGGGGAAGAAAAUCCAAUCAAAAUAGCAAUUCAGUUCAUAUUUUCCAUCUUAAAACUUAUUCCCUUCAGAUACGUUUCAGGCGAUGAAAAGCCAAGACACCCCUCCUUCAGCCUUAGGUAGAGUAGUAUUCACCCUGUUCCUCCGGGCUCGCUUAGCUCCCAUAUUAGCUGGUUCUGCGGAGGCCGUGAGCGGAAUCGGAGAUUCUUCCUGAAUAUCUAAUCUUCUCACAAAUCUUGGAAAGUGUGAAGUCCGAGAACGUGGCUUUUAACUCAGUCUCUACGUUUCAGAAUGGAUCUCGAUACAGAUAUCAUCAUUGUCGGCGCCGGCAUGUCCGGCCUCGCUUUCGCCGUUCAGCUUGUGCGGCAAUACGGGCACCGGAACUUCGAAGUCAUCGAGAAAUCAAGUCGGAUCGGCGGCACGUGGUCGGCGAAUACGUACCCCGGGUGUGGCGUAGAUGUUGCUGGGCACUACUACCAAUAUUCAUUUGCCUUGAAUCCGAACUGGUCCGUCAAGUAUCCGCUGCAGCCCGAGAUUCUCCAAUACUACGAGGAUGUCGCGGAUAAGUACUCCAUUGGGAAACAUAUCAGAUUCCAGUCCAUCGUAACAUCAGCACGUUGGGAUGAGUCGUCCGGCACAUGGCUGGUAUCUGUCAAGAACUUGGAGACCUCAGACACAUAUAACCACAGGUGCAAGAUCCUUGUUUCCGCCGUCGGUUUCCUGUCGGUGCCAAAUCCGAGUGGUAUCCCUGGGGUCGCAUCCUUCCAUGGCCCGAUCUUCCACACCGUCGACUGGGACCAUUCAUUCGACUACAAGGAUAAAGAAGUCGUCAUCAUCGGUAACGGAUGCAGCGCGACUCAAGUUAUCCCAACCAUAAGCCAAGGCGACGGAGCUGUAAAGAAAGUAACACAAUUCGCACGCUCGUCACAAUGGGUUUUGGAGCGCCCUAAUCCAGCUCAUUCAAGUCUCUUUCAGUGGACUAUGAGAUGGGUUCCCUUAGCCAUGCGCACUUACCGCUUCGUACAGAACUACUAUACAGAAUGUGACUUCAAGAGCUUCCCUAUCGAGAGUGGUGCGCCGAUUCGGGACUUGUAUAAGAAAUAUUUCGAGGCGUAUAUUCGGAGAACGUCUCCUGAGAAGUACCAUGAGUUUCUUCUUCCGAAGAUCGAAAUCGGAUGUAAACGCCGCGUCAUGGAUACAGAUUACCUAGACUCUCUACACCGUGACAAUGUUGAACUAGUGUACAAAGAUCCUAUCGCCGAGAUUUUUGAAACCGGAGUGCGCACGAAGUCCGGUAGAGUCGUGACUGCAGACGCCAUUGUCCUCGCGAACGGCUUUCAGGUUCUCCGGCCCUUGGUGGCCCUCAACAUAUGCGGAGAAAAUGGUCUCACUGUUGCGGAUCAUUGGGAUAAAGUCAGUGAAGGGUCGGCAUCGGCGUACUUCGGCACCUGUCUGUCCGGAUUCCCUAAUUUCUUCAUUAUGAUGGGCCCUAAUACGGCCUCUGGUCAUGGAAGCGUAACAUACACCACUGAGUGUCAGAUCGGCUUCACCCUCCGAGUUAUCAAGCCCAUCUUGAAUGCGCUUAGGGCGCAGCGGUCUCGACUUCCUGUGAUUGGGCAGAAGACGGAUGUAGUGAGGUUGAAGCCCGAGGCCGAAGUAGCCGACAUCAACACUACACAAGAAAGGUUGAAGAAUCUAGUUUGGUCAUCUGGAUGCAGCUCCUGGGCAUUGGACCCUAAGAACGGACGCAACACGACAAUGUACCCUGAUUUCCAGUUCAAGUACUGGCUCCGAAGUAUAUUUAUUCCCUGGCGCGACUUCGAGUUUUCUACCUCGCAGCCCACCGCUGCUGUUAUUGCACCAAAGUCGCUUGGCGUUGGCAGCUGGCUAGUUGCUUCGACAAGCGUUGCGGCGGUGGCGUAUGUGAUAUACCAGAGAUCACCCUUGGGAAGCUUACGCUAAGAAGGAAAUAUGGAUGCGUGAGCAGUAAGCAGGUGUAGUUUGGAAACAUACUUGAACACCAUGAUAUUACAUACGUAACGUUAUUAUCUAUAGAUGACUCUUUAACUUUAAACCCCAUGAGUGAUCAACUAAGAAGGCGACAAUGUCCGUUUCCCAAUACAUCUGUUCAGAAGCACUAAUAUACCUUGUCCACUAGCGACAGUAUUAUCAAACGUAUCCUCUCUCAAACCUCCUGAAGCGACUGCGGUGUAAGAUCUAUGGUCGCAUAAGAGCUCUUGGAUCAGUCCCAAG